CCCUCAACCCUCAUCCCGUUCCCUUUCUCUCUCUACACGCUCCUAUCCGAUCUCUCUCUUUCUCUCUCUACAAUCUUCUACCACUCCUACUUCCUGCUUUCUUUCUCUACAAGAUGUCGAGUGCCGCCGAUCCCGAGCACAGAGAAGACGAGGAAGCCCCACUCGCCGGCGACGACGAGGACACCGGAGCUCAGGUCGCUCCGAUCGUCCGGCUCGAGGAGGUCGCCGUCACCACCGGCGAAGAAGAGGAGGACGCCAUCCUCGAUCUGAAGGCGAAGCUUUACCGAUUUGAUAAAGACGGUAACCAGUGGAAAGAGCGAGGUGCUGGCACUGUCAAGUUUCUCAAGCACAAAAAGACGGGCAAGGUCCGCCUUGUCAUGCGCCAGUCCAAAACCCUAAAGAUCUGCGCCAAUCAUCUCGUUCUACCGAAGAUGACGGUCCAGGAGCACGCCGGCAAUGAGAAGUCUUGUGUUUGGCACGCGACUGAUUUUGCUGACGGGAAAUUGAAGGAGGAGCUUUUCUGCAUUAGAUUCGCCUCAAUUGAAAAUAACAAAUUGUUCAUGGAGAAGUUUCAAGAAGUUGCCGAAUCCCAGAGUCCAGAAGAAGAAAGCAAAGAAGCUACUGAAGCUGCUGGGCUCCUCGAUAAAUUGAGUGUUGGGGAGAAGUCUGAGGCAGAGGCACCUGCUGCAACCAAGAGUGACAGAGUAAAAGAAGCAGAAGCACCUGCUGAGGAGAAAGCAGAAGAAAAGGCACCAGAUGUCAAGGGGAAGAAGAAAGAUGAUUAAGAGUGAAGGUUGAUGGUAUUUUGCAAUGGGUCUGGUUUGGUCUACCUGGUGUCGUUGUCGUCGUCAAAAGUCGGGUUAGAAACUUAGACUUUCAGGACAUGUUUGAAGGUUGAAGGGUUGUGUGUUAUUCUCAGUACCGUUUUGUUGUAACAGAGUUUCCCCCAUCCUAUUUGAUUACUUGGGAGUAAGUUACAGGUCCGUGAAAAUUACUUGAUAUAAGCCGAGGACCGUUUGUUUGGAUAUAAUUCCUUGAUUUGGUUUUAGGGUCUUUUGAGUUUUAUUUAUGGGCAAGUAUGUGUGGGGCUCCAUUGGAAUCACAUUGUGAGUCAGAAGCAUUUCAGGCA